AUCUCGCCCACUCAACCAGUUCUUCCACUCUCUUCUUCCUUUUUUUCCUCGCCCUUCGGGGCAUUUGGUCAAUUUGAAACGAUACAGAGAAGAUUAGCAUGGCCCCUGCACUAAGGAUGACACGCUACUCAAAGAGACGCUACCAAUUUUUUCACUGUGAUCAUGGCCUUGGGUCGUGGCAUGGAGAAGAAGUUUGUGGUGAUCAGCGAACUUGGCUACAGAAUUUGGAGAUCUGGCACUCCCACCUCAACAAGUCGAGAGGCCUCUUUCCAGGAAACACAAUCGACGAUGAUUAUUGGAAGCUACCUUCCUACCUUGUAUGUACUGUACUUGUUGCCCUUGGUAUUGACCUGGCGCCCAUUUUCAAUUCUGCUGCCCCGAUUAGUUGCCAACCCUGGAGUUGAGGAGCAUCAGUGAUGACUGAUGCUGAGUCUUCGUGUAACUAUAACUUUUUACAUUCCCCUUACUCUUUCUGACCAGAGCUGUCUUCUGCUGCACCUGACAUCUGGUCCAGACCACUCCCAGAGCCGUCUUCGCAGGGAAAGCGUUACAUGUUGCUGUAACCUACCUUGA